AUGAGUAAAGUACUUCGCCGGUCGAGCACCGUGCAAAAACCGGAUACCGCUUUGACAGCAAGUUCUUACUAUUCUGGGACUAUCAAUACAACUUCAACUCAACCAUUACCCACCGGACAACUCUCGAACUCCCCGAUGAAUGCGAUUGAAAACGAUAAGAAACCUGCAACUGAGCUAUCCAAAUUCACCACAGAUUCGUCAACGAACAAUCACAACAAUCCGGAUUCUGGACUAUCGAAACAAACUUCAAAAUCAAAGUUGCGUCGCUCACUCUCGCUUCUCUCCCGCAAAGAAGAGAAACAAUCGCAGCCGUUAUUAAAGGUUCAUCGAUAUACCAUUUACGAUGAUGAAAAAGGUGAAUUCAUUGAAAUCAUAGAAGAGGAAUGGGAAGGUGAUGGCCCUCCACCGAAGAAAUCUUUAAGCAUCCAACAGCAAAAUACCUUGAUGAUCGAUAAAGAUCUACCGAAAUUGCCUGAACCGAUAGAGAACACUGACGAGAAAAAGCUGUUUGCGAAGUUUAAUAAGUGGUUAAAACAACGGUAUCCGUUUAUACUCGAGUUUUCCAAGGAACACAAGAGAACGCUGUUGAUUUCCUCGGUACUAUUCCUUCUACUAAUCAUCGUCAUCAUUAUCCUCGCCCGUGUGCUAUAA